AAAAAACCUGCUGCACGCUGCUGUUCUCACACAACUGUCACUCUCAAUAGCACAGAAGCUGCUCACAUAUUCUGCAGGGACGGGUGGGCUCGGCUGUGUGGAUCUUUCUACCAUCAUCAGCAUGAUUAUAAGCAUUGCUCUGAUUUGGGCAGUUGUUGUGGGAUUUUGCUGCCUCCUCUGGCUUGCUGUGGGGAUAAGACGCAGGCAACCAGGUGAGCCAGCAGUUGAAAAUGGUUUGAUCCCCUACUUAGGUUGUGCUCUCCAGUUCGGGGCCAACCCACUUCAAUUCCUCCGCAGCCGCCAGAAGAAGUACGGCCACAUUUUCACCUGCAAAAUUGCAGGCAGGUACAUCCACUUCCUGUGCGACCCCUUCUCUUACCAUUCAGUCAUCAGGCAGGGAAGACACCUUGAUUGGAGGAAGUUCCAUUUUGCUACAUCUGUCAAGGCGUUUGGUCAUGACAGCUUUGAUCCUCGCCAUGGCCACACCACAGAGAACCUCCAUCAGACGUUUCUGAAAACACUACAGGGGGAGGCUCUUCCCUCCCUUAUUGAGACAAUGAUGGGGCACCUUCAGGAUGUCAUGCUGAAAUCAGAUACACUCAGCCCAAGCAAGGACCACUGGCAGGUGGACGGCAUAUUUGCCUUUUGCUAUAAGGUGAUGUUUGAAUCUGGUUACCUAACUCUGUUUGGUAAAGAGCUUGGUGAAGACAAGUGUCAGGCUCGGCAGGCAGCCCAGAAAGCUUUGGUGCUCAAUGCUUUGGAAAACUUCAAAGAAUUUGACAAAAUCUUCCCGGCACUUGUGGCCGGGCUGCCUAUUCACGUGUUCAAAAGUGCCUACAGUGCCCGAGAGAACCUAGCUAAGACCAUGCAUGCUGAACACCUGUCCAAGAGAGAGAAUGUGUCCGAUUUAAUCUCCAUGAGGAUGAUCUUGAAUGACUCCUUAUCUACCUUCAAUGACAUCAGCAAAGCCAGGACCCAUGUUGCUCUGCUCUGGGCCUCACAGGCUAACACCUUGCCUGCUACCUUCUGGAGUCUCUUUUAUAUGAUCAGGAGUCCAGAUGCUAUGAAAGCCGCUCACAAGGAAGUGCAGAAAAUCCUGGGAGACUCUGGUAAGACAGUUGACCCCAGCGACCCCUCACUGAACCUCACCAGGGACCAGCUGGACAACAUGCCUGUUUUGGACAGCAUCAUUAAAGAAGCCAUGCGUCUUUCCAGUGCUUCUAUGAAUGUGCGUGUUGCCAAGGAAGACUUCCUCCUUCACCUUGAUAACCAAGAAGCUUACCACAUAAGGAAAGAUGAUGUCAUAGCCUUGUAUCCGCCUUUGCUGCACUAUGAUCCUGAAAUCUAUGAGGAUCCCUAUGAGUAUAAGUUUGACCGUUUUCUGGACAACAAGGGUCAGGAGAAAACCACUUUCUACCGCAGUGGGCGGCGGCUGCGUUACUUCUACAUGCCCUUCGGCUCUGGGGUCACUAAAUGCCCGGGCAGAUUUUUCGCUGUGUAUGAGAUCAAACAGUUCUUGACUCUUGUUCUGUCUUACUUUGACAUGGAACUUUUAGACCCUGGUAUCAAAGCCCCGCCUCUUGACCAGUCCCGUGCUGGCCUGGGUAUCCUUCAGCCUACGUAUGAUAUAGACUUCAGGUACAAACUAAAAUCCAGUCAAUAGGUUCUGUUGUGUUUAGACAGAGAGAUUAAAGCUCAUAUUGUAAAUAGUGUAUAUAUUAUACAGUUUUAAUGAAGAUCCAUAACUACAUAUGAAUGUUUUUUCUGCUUUGCGUUGCUUCUGAAGAACAUAUGUUGCACACAUGGGUGGAGCCCUUACGAAAAGGCUUCAGAGAAUCUAGUUUAUAGUUUGUUAAAAAUGAUAAAUAGUUCCAGUGGACAGACUGGAGACAUAUUUGAGAGACAAAUACAUUUCUAGUACUGACCAUGGGCGGUUCAUGUUUGAUCCAGGUAUGCAUUUGAUCCUGUUAACUGUUUGCCAAAGCAAAUUUCUGAGCUUUUCUAAAAUCCAAGCAGUCAGUUAUAAAAGAAAUUCACUAUGCCAUGACACUGACUUGUGAUUAUAUACAUGGUCUUAGGGAGCAUUAACAUCAUACACAGGACCUCAGUGUCUGUCAAUAAGACAGUUCAGAAACCUUGUGCACACUGCUCAGAUUCAUUCUUUCUUUUCUUCUCAGAUAAACGUAAACUCCUUCCAGGUAACCAUUGUUAUGACAUAUAUAUCAUUUUUUUGUUAAUAUAAAAAUGAAAGUUAGGUUAUCAUUUUAAAAAUUAGAGGCUUUUGGAAAGACAAAACAAAAAAACCAAAACAAAUGAACAUUGUGAGUUGAAGUUGCUGCGGGCAGCCUUUUUAUCAGUGAACAAAUUGCUGCAAUCAGACUCAUUUACUGUCCAUCAGCCUUGGAAUUUGCUCUCGCUGGCACUCUCAUGCUGUCAGCCAGCGCUGACCUUUAUGCUAGCAUGCAUCUACCUUUUUAGUAUCAUUAUUACAAGCCAUGCGGUUUAAUAAUGAUAAUUUUAAUUGGUGCAGUGAACAUCGGUAGACCUAGAAUGUAGGGAUGUGGUGUAAAGACCCAUUGAUACUUUGGUUAGUUAACUCAGAAAGAUCAGUUUGCAGCUGCUUCUAAAUAUCAAAUUUAGAAGCAGCUGCAAAUACUUUUACGUGACAUGAAUUAUAAGCUCCGUAGUUCAUAACUUAGGAUAUAUUCAGGAUGUGAAGGAAUGCUCAUUCGCACAAUGAAGGUGUCUGUGAUUGCUCAUUCAAAAACUAUGUUUGGUUUGUAAACAGCACUCUUGGCUGUUUUAUAUUGUGAAUAAAACACACUGUGAGCCACAGUCUAAGUGCUCGGGGAAAGAGGAUGAAUCAGUAUUUAUGUCCAUGCUGUAUUUAAAUGCAUUUACCUCCAAACAUGGGAGUAAAUUGGAACAGAUUACAUUCCCUUUAAAUUCUGAAGGUUUUUCAUUGAACUGAGGGACAGUCCACAUGUGUCUUUGUUAACUGACCUGCUGUGCAAACAGAUAAUAAAUCAAUAAUAUUGCACUCA